CAUGUGCCACUAAACACGCCUUUAAUCGGAUUUUAUGUCUCGCCGAUAGACAGACGAGUCAUGUUAUGAUCAAAAUUGCAAUUUGAAAGUGACGGUUUCUUUUUUUUCUUUGUUUUAUUUUUGUUAAGAAGAUCACAAUACGUUGUAAGAAAGCACGCGUUAAAUGCGCGAAUCUACGCGCUAGAAUGAGUCUUAACAUAACGAAAUUAUUUUCAAGGAAAAAAACCGGCCCGGUUGAUACAGUCGCUGAGAUUGGUUUACCCACCAAUGUUUCUCAUAAAUUUCACGUGAGUAAAAAUGCUAAGACAGGGCAACUGGAAGGCCUGCCCGAGUCUUGGAUUCGUUUUCUGAAUACGCAAAUAUCAAAGUCCGAGCAGGAUGAACAUCCGGCUGCAGCUUUGCAAGCCAUAAAAUAUUACAAUUACUCCAUAAAACGAAAACCAGAAGAGAAAAUAUUUAAACCGUUUGUUACGGAAGACCUGAUUGAAGAAGAGUCCCAGGAGAUUGAUAAAAUUUUGUCAAAGAAAUGCCACUCUGAAGAUUUCGAUGGAUCAAGUUCUGCGAGUUCUACGGAUAGUCAAGUGCAGAGGUUACCAGAACUUCCACCAAAAGUGAACAAAACUCCAAAACCAACGCCAAGAAUAUGCUCUAACAGGAUUGAGAAAACUCUUACUGAGAUUCUUGAAGAUUUGAAUACAUAUCAAAUUGAAGAUGAAGAUCAACUACCUGAGAACGAAAACGAACAAGAUAAAGUGGAAGAAGAAAGUCCUAUUUUAAGAAGGAAAACAGACUGUUCAACGAUCAAACUUAAUGAUGAAGAAAUUUUUGAAGAACUUCAAGCUAUCUGUCACGAUGGAGAUCCAAAUCUUCGUUUUGAGAAAAUUAAAGAAGUUGGAGUUGGUGCUUCUGGCACUGUAUUCAUAGCUACUGAUGUACAGAUUGGUCAGAAAGUUGCUAUAAAAGACAUAGAUUUAUCAAAACAGCCAAAGAAAGAGCUUAUAUUAACCGAAAUUAAAGUCCUCAAGGAAUUUCAACAUCCAAACUUGGUCAAUUUUUUGGAUGCAUACAUUAUGAAUGAACAUCUAUGGGUUGUUAUGGAAUUGUUAGAAGGUGGACCACUUACGGAUGUUGUUACUGAAACUGUAAUGAAAGAAGUACAAAUUGCAGCAGUUUGCAGAGAAGUUUUAAAGGCAAUUAGUUUUUUACACAGGAGAGGAAUCAUUCAUAGAGAUAUCAAAUCAGAUAAUGUUCUUCUUGGGAUGAACGGUGCUGUGAAAGUUACAGACUUUGGUUUUUGUGCUAAUAUCGAUGGCGAUGAAAAACGUCAAACUAUGGUCGGUACUCCAUAUUGGAUGGCACCAGAAGUAGUGACCAGAAAGCAAUAUGGCAAGAAAGUAGACAUUUGGUCUUUAGGUAUUAUGGCUAUUGAAAUGAUAGAGGGUGAACCACCUUAUAUGAAAGAAACACCUUUAAGAGCAUUAUAUUUAAUUGCUGCUAUUGGUAAGCCUUCUAUUCCCAGAUGGGAUACUCUAAGUUCGACAUUUCAAAAUUUUCUAGAGAGAUGUUUAGCAGUUGAAGUUGAUGAAAGAGCAACUGCUGAUGAAUUAUUGUCUCAUCCAUUUUUAGAAAAUUGUGCAGAAUUAACAAGUCUGAUACCAUUAAUAAGAACUGCACAAAGAAUUCUUCAUAAAGUGUUCCAUUGAAUAAUCGUUUUUAAGUAGAAUUAAACAUUUGUUUUUGUUUUAUUAUUUUAGGAGUAUAUCUGCAACACUGCAUUAAUAUUAUUUAGACAGUGUAAAAGUAUUCUGCACACUGCACAUGUAAUUUAAAUAUAUGCAGUGCAGUGAUUUUAUGUUAACAUCUUUAUAUCAAUAUGUUACCAAAAUAGAAAUAGUAUAAGUUAUAGUAAUGAAGACAUGCAUAGAAGAUAAUUUUUAAAAAAAUAAUUCAUAACUUCAAUACAAUAUAUGCGAUAGAUUAAUUUCUAUUGCUUAAAUCAUUGAAAAAGUAAUCAUUAAUGUAAAUUAUUAAUAAUUUCAUGUGCAAUAUCUAUUGUGUGAGCUCAAUAUUUUUUUUAUAUUUUCUAUGAUUUCAUUAAAAAAAAAUGUAAUUUUGCAGCAAUUUUGAAAUUAGGUGCAAAAAGAAGAGAAACAAAAGUCAUUGUGCUAAAAAUAUUUUAUAUUAGUUUAUGAUUUUAUUUAAGGAUUUCUUUGCAUUUACUACAAAGUAUAUUACUUUUACUAUUACUACUACAUAAAAUAUUGUACUUAGUUUAUUUAACAAAAAAGGUAUAUGGACAUAGUAUCUGUCAAAGGUACAACUAAUUUUAUACUUGACAGUUCUCAAAACACAGUAAUUAUACCAAUUUAGUUAUAGUACAAAUUUAAUUUAAUAAUUCUACCAAUGAUGUUUCAACUGUACACCAUUUCUUUUGCUGUAUUUACUAAAUUGCAUUUCUUUCUUGUUUGAAGUUUAUUAAAUCUAUACAUCUUUAAUUAAACAGUUCAUAUACAAAGUGAGUAUUAUAAUAAAUAUUAUUUAAUAUUUGUUUAAUCAUUAUUUAAUUACACAAGGAAGACUGCUUUUUAAAAAUUUUACAACUUUCGUGUUUUGAAAGAUUUACUGAGAAGUUAUACCUUGUGAUUUAGUAUUACAAGCACAUGUAUUAAUAACCAAGUAUUGUAAAUGAUGUGACAUACUGCACAUUGUAGAAUAUAUUUUUUAAAACUUUUAGAAGUUUUGAAUAGUUUUAUAAGAUUUUAUCAUUUUGUAAUGUGUAACUUUUUGAGAAAUUUUGUAUUUAUAUUUUAAAUCCAAUGCUGUUCAAUUAAGAUGCCAAAUUUUAACAGGUAUUAUUUUAUUAUGAAUUACGUACACGAAUAUUAUGAAUAUUAUGAAUUAUGUAUAUAGUGUUUUUAAGAUAUCUUUUAUGAAAAAUAUUUGAAUUUAUAUUACAAUUGUCCAUAAUUUAGUUUAAGAUUUGAGCAGUAAUAUCACAACUGUGAUAACAAAAAAAUUGAGUCCUGUUAUAUUAUAUUUCUAUAUUUAAUAUUGUCAUAUUACUUUUAUCUUUUACGUAAUUAAAUAUUGCAUGUUCAAUUUAAAUAUGAUUUAAUUUGACUUCAAUAAACACUGAUGUGAAAUUACAUGUAAUAAUUUAAUAUAUAAGACCGGUCAAUUAAUUAUUCAAUUAAACGUAAAAUAUAUUUUCUAUUUUAUUAUGUUAAAAUGUUAAAUUUAUAAAUUUGUUAAAGAAUUAAUAUAAAUUUGAACUUAUAUGAUACAGUUGUAACAUUUGUGCCUUAUCAAAUCAAUACAUAUGGUUCUAUGCCAACUGUCUUCUAAACAGUUUUAUCAGUGAUAAUACAGUAUAAAAAGGACAAAAUGUAAUAAUGAUCUAUUGAUAACUCGCAUAAAAUAUUUGCAAACUCUUUACUCUUGUUCUUGAAUAUUUAAU